UAGCAAGCUCGGCUCCCACAAAAUCGCUCCGAGCGCUGCCAAAAACACAAGCGGGCCACUCAGGAAUCAAGGAAGGACGCCUGUCGACGCGAUCAGCCACCCAUGAGCCGCAACCCGAUGCUCGACACGCUCUGGCAAUUCCUGCAAAGCGUCCGGGACGGGGGCCCCCACGCCGUGGCGAACCAGCUGUCGCAGGGCUGGGUCCCGCCACCAAAACAGACGGAACGGACGCGCAAGGUGCUGCUCGUCCACGCGCACCCGCUGCCGGGCUCGUUCUCGACAGCAUUGGCGUCGGCGGUGCAGCGCGGCCUCGAGAAGGGCGGCGCCGAGGUCACUCACCUGAACCUCUACUCUAUGAAAUUCGACCCGCGCCUCAGCGCCGACGAGCGGCGGCGCUACCUCGGGCCGACGGCCAAGGACCCGAAAUUGCCGCCCUACCCGACGGUCCCACGCGACGUGCGACAGCAUGUGGAGGCGCUGAAGACCCACGACGCCGUCGUGUUCGUGUACCCGACGUGGUGGUUCAACGUGCCGGCCAUGUUGAAAGGGUGGUUGGACCGCGUGUUUUUACCCGGCGUCGCCUUCAAGCUGCCUCAUUUAGAACCGGCCGGCUCACCUGUGAGGGGAGGCCUCGUGCCCUGCCUCGACCACAUCCAAAAAAUGGGCAUCGUCUCGACCUACGGCGCGCCGCGGCACAUCACGAAUGUUUGUGGAGACAACGGGCGGCAGAUGCUCUGCCGCGCCAUCCUGCCCCUGUUUUCUGCUGAUUGCGCCGUGCACCACCACGGCCUCUACGAGAUGGACUGCUGCGACGCGGCGCGGCGCGGCGCGUUUUUGAAUGAGGUGGAGCGGUACUACGGGGAGGAGUUCCUCUGAGCCGCGCCCUGUCGGAGAAUCAUGCUUGUGUAAAUAAUAGACUGUUA